AUGGCAAUUGAAGCAACACUGGGGGUUGACUUGGAUCAAUUGACAUUAUUGAAUCAUUCGUUUGUAGUCAGUACUGGUAUAGAACAAGAUCUUCUUCGAUUGGAUCAUAAUUUGAUCCAAACGCAAUUCAAAUGUGGCGUACUAUGUAUAAAAGAUGGUCAAAGCAAGGAAGAAGACUGGUUCUCUAAUGAAAAUACAUCGAAUUCAUUUACUGAAUUUCUGGAUUGUCUUGGUGAAAAGAUUACUUUGAAAGGUUACCAUGGGUGGGCAGCAGGUCUGGACACAAAAAGUGGUGAUUCUGGUGAAUAUACAAUAAAAUCUAAAUGGCAAGAUCAAUAUGAAGUAGUGUAUCAUAUUUCUACUUGGAUUCCUUCUCUUGGUGAUAAACAACAUAUACAAAGAAAACGGCAUAUUGGCAAUGAUGUUGUUUGCAUAGUAUUUGUAGAUGGUCAUCAACCAUUUGAUCCUGCAGCCAUCAAAUCACAAUUCUUGCAUGUGUUUAUAGUUGUACAUCAAGAAGAAUGGGAUGGAGAUAUCUGUUGGAGGGUGGAAGUGACUGGAAUCAAGGAUGUACCUCUUUUUGGUCCACCACUAACGAAACAACAAAUGUUUUUUGAUAAACAAAGUCUUCAUGAUUUUUUGUUGGCCAAAGUGAUCAAUGCGGAAUAUGCUGCGACUUUGAAAUCAUCUAAAUUUACCAACUUAUUGGACCGUGCACGACAAGGUACUUUGAUGAAUGUAGUGAAUUCUGCUUUGAAGAAUCAUCAUCCUAUUGGAAAACAGAAAUCCUUUAUUCAACCUUCAAGUUUUUUCAAGGAUUUCAUCUCUGAUAGAAGACGUAGUACUCAAGAUGCAUUUUCUGCUGAUUAUUCCAUCGGUUCACCUUCAUUCUCAAUGUCAUCUUCAUCACCUACAACUUCUACUUGUUCUAGUCCAACUGAUGACCUCAUAGAAGAGAAUAUGGAUUACCUUUAUGAUCAAGAUCAAUACCCAUCACCAGAAGUCUUUGACGCCAUUGUACAAGAUUACCUUCAAAAUCUAUCUUCCAAAAAAAGAGAUAAAGCUUUGGUGGAUCAACAACGUUAUGGUUUGAUAUUACAAGUCUUGAAAGAUCCUCGUAAUACAGCUAUCAGUACCGCUCAAUUCCGAUUUUGGGUGAAAAAGAUGUUCCAUCUUCAUGGAUCAACUGUUUGUCAUGAUGAUAAACCUGUGGCUAUGCAAGAACAAAUUUAUCCUAUUUUAAUUCGUGCUCAUCGUGAAGCUCAUCAUGGUGGAAGAGAUAAAACAUCAGCUUUGGUCCGCAAGCGAUAUUCUUGGAUUCCAAAAGAAUUGAUUGCUCGUUUUGUACGUCGUUGUCCAUUUUGUAUUUCUCGUCGAAAUGGUCAUCUUACUCGUCAAACCAUUCCUUCCAAACCGACAAGGAAAAAACGUGAUCCUAUCUAUUAUUAUGAUCAACCAUCUGAAACCAUUUCUUCUUCUGAUUGGACCCAACAAACCACUCCAUCAUCGAUAAUGGCUGCCACUAUCGCUACUUCUGCCGCCGCUUCUGUUGUUUCCACUCAAUGGAUGCAAUCUUCGUUUUAUUAUUAUUAUUCUCAACCACAGCAUCAACUUAUCUCUUCUUCUUCUUUUAGUGAAAUACAGAAAGAUCCAAUGUGUUCAACGCAGCAACUAAAUACAUUUUAUACGGAUCUUCCCUAUGAUGAUCAAUCAACAAAACCAACUUCAUAUGCUUCUUCUAUGACUUCCAAACCAAUGUAUGUGUUGAAUCCAGACUCGAUGGAUUUACUUUCUCAUGGUCCUUUUGUCUGA